AAGUCUUCUCUCGUGAAAAUGCAGGAACCACCCUCUUGGAUAGGCAAUUCGGUAGCAGGUGCUGUCGCCUUUGGACAUGGGCGUUUCAAGCUCUUACUCAUAGCACUUGCCACGAUGUUCCUGGGUUAUCUCGUGACUUCCACCUUCGGCUCGACGGACUCAUACGACAUCACAGAGUAUAGAGGCGAGUACGGUUUCUCUGGUGAUAUCUUAGACGGGCCAGAAAUAUAUCCAGGGGCGACCCACUCUCCAGAUGCUUCUAUAGCGAGCGACAGAUCCAAAGAUCGCAUCAAGUCUUAUCAUGGUGGAGAUGGUGUUGCAGGUCAACCGGUCCGAAAGCCAUCAAUUAAGGGAGCACUCAAAGACCUACACCACGCUAUCUCGGACAAAGUUUCAUACUGGAAGACAUGGGGUUCAGAAUUGGAACUUGACGUGGAGCUAGAGGCAAAUGCGACUACUGGACACAAUGCGACUACAACUCAAACAGCCAGACCAACCUCGUCGCCGCUCAAAUCUGAAGAAUUCUUCGAACCGGAAUCAAACCAGUGGGGUCGCAAGACCAGAAUAGGAAAAUGUACCAUUGUUUUCGGAGGAUCGUCCAUAUACGAACGGACCGUCAAAACGCAUGCGCUUCACGACCGACUUCAUGGCUAUCCUCUAUACGUGCUUCGUCAGUCUAUCAUGGAUGAUGUCUGGUCGAAGCCUGCGUACAUAUUGUCCCUUCUGCUGCGAGAGUUGGCAAAACCGCAGGAAGAACGACUCGAAUGGCUUCUCUGGGUCGAUGCAGAUACCAUCAUGCUGAAUCCAUAUGUGCCUCUGGAAAUAUUCUUGCCACCAUCGCCCCAAUUCGACGACGUGCAUCUCUUGGUGACCAACGACUGGAACGGUUUAAACAAUGGCGUGUUUCCAGUGCGCGUCAACCAGUGGGCUGUUGAGCUUUUCUCAGCUAUCAUCUCUUCCAGAUUCUACAACCCAGACCAGGACUUGACAUUCCGGGACCAAAGUGCUAUGAACACACUUUUGAAAGUUAAAAAGUUCGCAGCGCACACAGUUGACGCUCCUCAAAGAUGGUUCAAUGCCUACCAGGGCGAACACAACGAGACCUUAGCUCCCUAUCAAGUCCGACGAGGAGAUUUCUUAGUGCACUUCGCUGGUGUCAUCAACCGAGAUGAGAGGAUACUUUUCUGGCUUGAUCGAGCUGAGCAGCAUUUGCCGGACUGGGAGAUGGAGGUCCAGCACACAUCCUACCCCGCAGAAGUCAAAGACUUCUGGAACCNNAGAAAAGCGAGCGAAAGAGCAGCGAAACAGGCAGACUUAGCCGAGGCGAGACGAAAGGCAAAUGAACUGCUCACACAAACGGAAGCGAGGAUGUCAGAGUAUCAAGAGCGCCUUGUGCAAAGCGACGCGACCUUUAUCCAACAGCGAGUGGCUGCACUCAGACAAGUACUUGAUCGAGGGGAUUCUCUGGAAUUAACAUCUGUAGAGUCCGAGAUAGAUCUGCUGGAACAGAGCCUCAACCCUCUCAAAGACAUCAUAGAAACUGCCAACAAGCUUCUCAUGAAAGAAGCUCACGAUGCCAUCUUCGAGGCACAGAAAGAUGUUGAUGGACAAGACGCCACCAUCCCGGAAGUUGCAACUUUGGAAGAGAAUACUACGAAUUUGAAGAGCUUGAUAGUGCAGCCGAACUGGAAGAAAGAGGAUCUCAACAACCUGAUUGAGGCAGUCAAACAGGCUAGGACAAGCCUGCAGCAGAAACUGCAAGAAAAGGAGGCCCAAGACCAAAAGUUGAGGGCAGCCAAGAACAAAGCCGACGAAGAGCGUAGGAAGCAAGAAGAGCAGAAGGCGAAGUUCGGAGACACUUAG